GUUUUUUUUUUUUUGUUUGGUUUGCGAGAAAACUGUAGGAAAAGGAGAGAAAGAUGGGAAUCUUGCAACAUCCUAAAUUGUUCUACUACAGUUAAUAACGGGAACUAAACGUACCCAUGUCAAUCAUUUUUUUCUGUUAAUCUCUGAAAAUGGGUGGUUUAUAUUUUUUUUUUUGUUUUCUUUUUCUUUUAUUUUGGUUGAUUAAGCUUUUGGAAAUCAAAGAGUGAGCUUUUCUUACCAACUCUGUUGUCCUGGGAUUUGAAAUGUGAAAGAAUUUUGAGUUUUUUUUUUUUUUUUAAUUCUAUAAGCUAUUGUUGCAUUUCUGCUUGAGCAAAGAUUCAUGUGAUUGUUUUACGGGAUGGGAAAAUUCAGGAAUAUCAAGGAAGCAAUAACACUAAGAACUUGUUCAUUUUCUUUUCCUUUUAGUUUCUUCCUUGUUCUUUGAAAAACACAAAAAAAAAAAAAAAGCCUUCCUUGGCAACUCAAAUCUUCAGCUUUACUCUGUUAAAUUCUUGUGGAGAAGUUCAUUAGUUAGGCUUUUUUGUUUCUCUUGCCAACGAAGAAGAUAAGCAUUCAGUUUUCUUUUUUUUUUUUUUUUUCUUUUCUCAUUCCUUUUCUCUGCAAUUUUCUCUCCACCUUUUUGUUUAUGAAAUGCCAAAAUUGAAAUAAAAUACUAAAUGAAAUCAAUGGUCUGUAUCUUUGUUACUCUCUUCUUCUUUAGUAGCGUAUUUUUUUUUUUUUUGUGUCUACAGCUAAGUAAUCAUUACAUUCUUCAAGUUUCCAAUUUAUCUGUUCUUUGAUGUGAUUAGCCGAAUGAUUCUUUUUGUUUUUCUUCCUUUUAUGAAUUAUGUGUAGGCAUUUACAUCAUUCAGACUGAUGGAGUCUUGGAGCUAUGGUUCUGAAGGAAAAGACCUUCUUUUUACUGAUGAAAUGGACUUGCCAGUUGAUGCUUUUGCUAGAAGUAGAAAAGGACUGGUAGGUUGGGACCUCAAGGCUUCUAAUUCUGAAGCUGUUGAGAGUAUGGAAUUCAUGGAUUUUGGUUUUGCUGACAUGAACAAAAAACCCUUUUAUGGCAACACCAGUAUGGGAAUUUUUGGUGCUGAGUUUGUUAAUGAUUCUGUUAAAAAGGUAGUUUCUCCUACUUGUAUGAUCACCUCUAGUUCAUAUUAUGGUGAAGAGGAAUCUGGUUCCAAGCAUUCUAGUCCUUUGAUGGAGUCUAACAGUCAGGAAUCUUCACUCAUUAAUUUUAAGCUAGGGAGAUUGACUGAUUAUACAGAUGCACAGGAUGGCAAAUUUUUGAAGGAAACUUCUGUUGUUUCUUCAGUUCGUCCAGCUUUGAUGGUGAAGAAUGCUCGAACGACAAGCUCAAAUUCUCAUACUCCUUGCUGUCAAGUUUUCGGUUGUAACAAGGAUCUUAGCUCCUCCAAAGAUUACCACAAGAGGCAUAAGGUUUGUGAGGCUCACUCUAAGACUGCCAAAGUCAUUGUUAAUGGAAUUGAACAGAGAUUCUGUCAGCAGUGUAGCAGGUUUCAUUUAUUGGCUGCAUUUGAUGAUGGUAAGCGCAGUUGUCGUAAACGCCUAGCAGGGCAUAAUGAGCGCAGAAGGAAGCUUCAUUUCAAUACCCUUUCUGGAAAACCAAAUAAGUUGCUGCAGUCAUAUCAAGGUACCAAAAUUGUGGGUACCUCCAUACCAAAAAGAACACCUUUUGUUAUCCCCAACAUAUUUCAAGAUGACCUUGUUUAUCCAGAAAGAUAUGGACAAGCUAGUCAGUAUCAGCAGGUUAAAUCUGAAGAGAAACCAAAUUACAGUAGUCAGUCAGCGAUACCGAUGUCAAAUGGCCAGUUACAACCAAAAUCUUUCUUUCAUAUGCAUGGCAGUGGGAAACAAAAUGUUCCUGGAACUUUUUCAUCAGCAACUGAAGUGUUCAAUGCUCCUAAUACAGCAUCAACAGUCAAAGAGUUAUCUGGGGUUGCACGCUCAAAUUGUGCUCUCUCUCUUCUGUCAGCUCAAUCACAGAACUUGUCAAGCCAUGCGAUAGGAAUUCAGAUGAGUAGGUCCUUGAUCAAUCAAUCUGGCCAGGCUCAUCAUAGCUCUGGGAAAUCUGCAGCAGCGAGUUUUUUGGAAAAAGCCAAUGGCUUUUAUUCAUGUGGAAUGAACCCUGUGGGAGUUGGCCAAGCAGGGUCUGUUGUCGUGUCUGAUGCUGGUCAUACUGUUAAUUUUGAAGUCCAAGCAGAUGGAUAUUUUCAAGACUCAGGUCUUUUGAGUGCAAGGUAUUGUCUUUCUCCAGAAAAUGGAACCACCAUUGAUUUGCUUCAACUUUCAACUCAUCUCCAAAGAGUGGAGCAACAAAGGAAUUCCAUACAAGUAAAGCAGGAAAAUGAGGACCUAUGUUAUUUCCUUACCACUUAAUUAGUAUGUGAGGGACAAGGUUUGCAGGAAGAGUUGCAAAGGUGCUGCAUCAAGUGUUUUACCUAGUUGAUGCGCUUCACAGUAGGCUGUUCGAGAUUCUGAUACCAUUGGUAGUACAUCUCGUUUCUGAUUGGAAUAUAACAGUGAAUUCUGGACUUCUUAACUGUAAAUUGAUGCAAGUUCAGCAGUAUUUGUUCCUUUCAAGAACUCUUGCUCCCCCAUUUUAUGUUGUUUCUGGUUUAAUGAUUCUGUUACUACAUGAUACUGUUGGAGGAGCUGGAUUAUUGAGAUCCCUCCACUUUGGUUGAACUGAAGGGGCAAGUCCAAUGGGAACAACCAAGAGUCAAGUUGGAAUAAGAUCCCUGUAAAAAGUUUAGAAUGGAAUCAUGUAGCACUAACAGCUUUUAUUUAUAUACUUUUAUACUGUAUAAAACUUUAAGUGGUUCAUGCCAUUGGAAGAAGAUAUGCUUGGCAGUGGACUGUAUAUCCUUGUUCAAAUAUUUUUACAGCUUUAGAGCUGGUUGAUCGUAUUAAUUCAAGUCUUUGGAGCAUGAUUUUGUAUAAAUUACACCAAAAAUCCUGGAGUUUUGACUGGAUGUAGCUUUAUGAAUUAGGACUAAGCAAUAAAGUAGUUUUCAUACUUUUAUCUUAGCUAUAUAUUUGUAAUUCUAAUGCCUUAACCAAUUGGAACAAAUGGAUGGUGGCCACUUCAUUCACCCACCACAUUUGCCUUUAAUAUUUUGCUCAGUGCUCUGUUGGCCAGUAAGUUGUAAAUGGCUUUAAAAGUGCUUUUUUGAAGAUCAGCCUAUUUAAACAUUAUCUUUGCUGCAUUGUCUGAUUGUUGUGUGCGUGCAUGUGGCUUUAUCAGGCUUCCAACUUGAUUAUCUUUCUAAAUUUUUUCUAAUCGAACAUGUUGUCAUUGCUGAUGUAUUGUU